AUGGCCUCCUACAAUGAACGUCUACCAGCACAGCCCAGCGUUUCUGUUCCGAGUGACGAGGGAGACACGCGGCGACUUCAUCCAACUAUGAGCAAUUCAACAGCUGAGGAUGGGCGCCACCGCAGGCUAUCCGGGGCGUCAUCGACUUCUCAACACGCACCAAACAAUCUUGAUUCAUCCAGAUAUCACCAAGCUCGCCAGCCUAUAACUGAUGCUGUCAACUCAGCCUUCAACGACGCUGAUGCCGCUUCUUAUGGUGGUUUCUCUCCAGACCUGCUCCAACAGAUUACAUCGCAGAUUACGGCGAAUGUUUUGCAGCAACUGAAAGUCGCCAAUCUACCUCCACCGCAACCUCCUAUUCACCAACCACCACCCUCGACUUCUCAAAUGGAUACCUCUUCAUCUGUCGCUGGCUCUCCGCCAUUGGAUCGAGCGACUGUCUACACUCCCCCUACUCCCAACCGAUACUCCGAGGAGGCAAACGCAAGUCAGGCCUCCCCUCAGUUUCCUCCGCCUUCGAGUCAAUCAUCAUUCCGCGCCCCGUCGCCAGGUACAGAUAGGAGAGCGGCCUCGCCUCUGAGUCAGACCGGUCAUCAGUCCGAGAACGACGCAAGCCAGACUCGACCGAGAGGUCCCAAACGCAUGGGUACUCAUGAAGAUGCAACCAUAGUGGAACGAGUGUGGGGCCAGCUCUUCACGGAACAAGGUGAAGCUACUCCUCGACUUGGCCAAUUCCUACGUGGAAUUGCCACGCAUCUUAUCGAAGACUAUGAACCCAAGCACAGUUUGGUCAUCACCCCCACCAAAUUGCAGAGAUACUACGAGGAGACAAAGCUGAGCAAUGAGAUCUACCCUUGGAAGAUCAUAUUUGAUGAUAGAACUUCCUCGAUAUCCCGAAUGUUCAGAGAGAUCGAAUGCCAGCACCAUCUUGUCCAAGAGAAGUUGAAUGAACGGCCGGACACCCCUGGACUUACACCACGUGGCUUUGAAGCCUGGGCGACAUUGCUCUUAAGAGCACACCCCGAUCAAGAGUAUGAGCGAUUGGCAAAGACGGCGCUAGACAUGCCCAUCAGCAACCCUGAUGAGAAGAAAGAGCGGUUUCCAAAAGAACUCUCUAGACGGCUCUUCCCCAAGCACGGUGACACUGAAGUUGCCUAUAAGCUACAGAAGGCCAUGUCAGCUCAUUGCAAUAUCAGCUUUGCAUCUCGCCACAGCAGCACAACGGACUCCACUUCGCGGACUUCGACGUCGACGUCAACAGUGACUGUCGUGGUUGACGAUUCGUCCAGCAAAGCGAAUUUGAAGCCCCAAGCAGACAGGCUGGACAAAGGCGACAGUGCCGGCAUCAAUGUCCAACCCAGUCCAGCGUUGUCUCAGGCUGGCAUUGAGCGCCAACGGCAGCCGUAUGGUACGACGCAUCAAGAGAGUGUCAAUGGUGACAUUGACGAGGAAAGUGCUAACGCCACUCUCACGUCACAACCGAUCGAGCGAGAGCGAAAGCCAUAUGUCGUUGCGCCUGGUGGAGGAAAGAGUUACAAUAAUAUCGACCGACCAGUCGUCGCGUCCGAGACUAAGCCAGGACCUCCGCCACCACCAGUACCCAAGCUCGGGCGCUCAAGCUCUCUCAAUGGAUCUAGCAAGGUAAACGAUAGCUCGAGAUCGGGACAGCCACCUGUCGCUCUUCAUCAAAGACCACCGCCACCCGUGUCGGAAAUUCAAGAGUCUCGCCGUCAUCGGUCCAACAGUAUCUAUCACAGAGACCCUCCCCCAUCGGGCCGUAAUCGGUCACCAUCCAUGACGAAAGAAACGGGCAACUCUUCACACAUUAGGAGGGGGGAUUCAGACGCUUCCUAUAUGUCUUCUUCCCAUCAUUCUGACCAUCACGACGAUGUAAGACGGUACAGGGACUAUGAAGCUGGUCGCGAACGUCUGGCCAACGACCGCUACGACGCGGCCAGGAUGUCAGCAUACGACCCUCGCGACCGUGAACGAGACCGUGACCGGGACCGAGAUAACCGACCACGUAUGCAAUCAGUUUCAAAUGUUGGCCUAGGCUUUGUCGAUGGCCCACGAAGUCCAACCCUGCGCACUGCUGCAGGAUCGGCGUUGUAUUCCAGUUCUCUCCCUGGUGGUGCUGCGGAUGAAGACUAUUACCUGAACCGCGUGCACCCUAGCGCGGGUCCUCCGUACGGGCACAGUCCACCUUCCUCGAUCAGCACCGGCUUUCAACCUCCACCUCCACCUCCGCAGACGAUGAGGGACUCGUCAAAUUCAGUGAACAGAGACUCGGGCUACUCCUCGUACCCAACCAGCGGGGGUUAUCCACCCACGAGUUACCGCGAUGUACGGUAG